GGUCAUUAAUUCAAGCUUUCUGUGUUCCAGUUCUCAUCCAGCUAAGUGGAUAAUGAUAUUAUUUUUGGUUCAAAGGAAUAUUUUAUAAACUUUAAAAUUAUAUGCACUGAGCCUUUAAACAAAUUGACUUCUUUAUCCAUUCAGGUGUCAGAUGUUUACUUUGCAAAGCAGAGACCUGAUUCAUGAUGUGUGGAACUGUACAUCUUAAGGUAAAUACCUAGGAAUGGAAUGACUGAGUCGUAUGGCAGGAGUAUGUUCAACUUUUUCAGAAACUGGAAAGUUGUAUCAUUUUACAUUUCCACCAGCAGUGUAUGAGAGUUCUGGUUGCUCCACAUCUUGUCAACAUUUGGAAUGGGUGACUGGGAAUGUAAACAAGAAUAAGCUGUUUGUUUCCUGAUGGCUUUUAGCAUAUACUGACAUACCAUUUGUGAUGGCAUCCGAGACUGAGAAGACCCAUGCUUUACUCCAGUCUUGUAGCACUGAAUCUCUUAUUUCCAGCCUUGGUCUGGGCAUUUUCUGUCUAGUAGCUGACAGACUUCUUCAGUUUUCCAUAAUUCAACAAAAUGACUGGCUUCGUGCACUCUCAGAUAAUUCAGUACAUUGCGUGAUUGGCAUGUGGUCAUGGGCAAUAGUCAUUGGAAUCAAGAAGAAGACUGACAUUGGAGAAAUCGUUUUAGCUGGAUUUUUAGCCUCUGUUAUUGAUAUAGACCACUUUUUUCUAGCUGGAUCCCUAUCUUUAAAGGCUGCUAUUACUCUUCCACGAAGACCUUUCCUUCACUGUUCUACUGUGAUACCCGCUGUGGUUCUGACCCUGAAGUUUAUGAUGCACCUUUUCAAGCUCAAAGAUUCAUGGUGCUUUCUUCCCUGGAUGUUAUUUAUAUCCUGGACCUCACACCAUGUUCGAGAUGGAAUUCGCCAUGGCUUGUGGAUAUGCCCAUUUGGAGAAACUUCUCCUUUGCCAUUUUGGCUUUAUGUAAUAAUCACAUCAUCUUUACCUCACAUCUGUUCAUUCGUUAUGUAUUUCACAGGGACCAGCCAAGUGAUGUCUUCAAAACAUGGAAUUCAUAUUGAUGUCUGAGAUAACCAUAUGGCAGUCUUAAAGAACCAAUGGUUGAGAUAAUGACAGCCAACAUUAAAGUGAAUUUUAAAAACAUGUUAGGUACUUAUAUUAAUUAUAAGAUGUAUAAUGAAUGCUAACGUUUCUUUAUUUCAUAUAUUUUGAUCCUGACUGAAGUUUAAUUUGCCAAGUGCUUUAGUGAGUUGUGAUAACUGGCAGAAACUGCUUUCGUGCACUUAUGUUAUAAUAUUCUUAAAAGACAGUAACAUUAGACGUAGGUUAUUGUUUCAGAAAUAACUUUAGGAAAUAAUUAUUAUAAUAUGUUGACUGUAGUAACAUUCUACCAACGUAGUAUUUUUUUCAUUAUCUUUGCCCUCAUAUCUCAUGUGUUGGAGUUUUAACUGUUUUGAAAAACAUAACUAAAUUUAACAAAAUAUUUGUUUAAAAUUAACAUUAACAAAAUAUUGAUACUUGA